GAUUUGUCUCACCUGCUGGAGAGAACACUCCUUAGAAUAACAACAUGAGGAUUACGCGACUACAGUCGAUGUGUGCUUCCUUUAUGGUCGUUGCCAUUUUAUUUCUUGCUCCGUGUAGCUGUGAAUCUUUCAUUGAUGAGCCAGCAUUGCAGCAAGGAGAUGUCCAAGCAGCAAAUCUCGACAUAGAAGAAACCGAGAUGAAGGGUGAAGAAGAUGGAUAUGAAGACAAUGGCGAAGUCCAUGGUACUUUUCCAGACGAGCUGGUCCCUCUGAGGCUAGCAGAUCGUCAAGCAGAGCCAUCAAGCAGAGAUAAGGAAAGAAGAGACUGGGUGUAUAGCGAAGACUUUAGUGACGAUGGUUAUGAGGAAUACAAUGGUGAAUUCCUGAAAGAUUCAGAAUCGGUGGUGAGUGAUGUCGCCGAAGGAGAACCUGCGGAAGGUGAAGAUUUUGCUGAAGAGAAAUUCAAUGGUGAUGUUGGCACUUAUGAAGAGACUGAUGACUGGAAUGUAGCUGGAAACUCUGAAACAGUUGGUGGGGAUGUUAGAAAAGAUCUUGCUGAUGCAGAAGGCAAGAGCAGAACAACAGGUGAGGACGCGAUCAAGACCAACGACCAAAGAAAGAAGGCUAGAUCUUGUAAGCCCCAAUGGCGAACAAGGCUUGUGCAAUGCCGCAGAGGACAGUGGUACAACCCCGCUAGGCAAAUAUGCUGCCGUGGUCGCAUAAACAACAAGAUUGGGGUGCGAGUGAGGUGCUGUGGGAGAUCCGCUUACGAUCAAAUUUUCCAGCUCUGCUGCCGAGGUACCAUACAACGCAAAUUUGGGGUCUACCCAAGAUGCUGUGGAAGGCGCGUCUACGAUUCCCACCGAAACCGCUGCUGUCGAGGUUUGAUUUGGCCGAAGAACAGAAGAUGCACCUUUUAAGCACUUUAAGUUCUCUUCGCCAUUCCUGUUAAGGCCGUAAUUUUAAGAAGUAGUAAUAAAGGUAGUGGUGGUGGAAUUAGUUGGGGCUUAAUCAACCACGACGGUGACGUCGAGGAAGAGUCCUAGUCAAAAAUGAAUUUAUAUUUUACUAGCGAAAUUUACAAUUGUCUAGAUCUGUUCAGAACUCCUAUGGCUCUAAAAACCUGCUCAGGCUAAAUAUUCAAUUACAUCGUUCGAUUCCAAAUGGAAUAGGAAAAAAGAAACCGUCGUUGUUCGUGCUCCUCAGACUACCCAGAAUUUGGUCAUUCCACGUUGUUGUUGUAAAGAGGAUGCUGGGAAAUGUACAAAGAUUUAAAACGCACGUACACAACAUGAUUGUUUUGCUCAUCAAACCUUUUGUUUGGUGAUGUUUGUGUGACGUUCUCGUUGCCGUAGUCGUUGUGGUUUGUUUAAGCUCCCUGCUGUAG